CCUACAUGUAAUAUUGUCUUGCACAAUUGUCUUCUGAUUUGGGAAGUUUGUGAAAAUAUGUUGUGUCAUUGGAUAUGAUGUGUCUCUCGAUUCCGGCUCUCGAUAUUCAAGAAUGUUUUCUGAAAUCAAAAGGGCAUGCGACUUUUGAUUUGGAACACAUCAAGGGGGCGUAGCAGUGAGUGGAUGGGUGCACUGUGGAGGGACGCCCUGUCAUCAUGUCUUUCAUUCUACGACCAGUGCGCAAGAUCACCUGGUUCUUACCAUUCUAUGGCAGGAGACAAGCACUGGCAUUAAUUAAACUACUGUUCUGCACCUUCAUUGGAGUUGUCCUGGUUCUCUACACGUGGCCUGAGGAAACACUAAACAAAACCAACAUCAGAGAGUUUGGAUGCACCGGGAGCCAUGGAUGUACCGAGAGGGGUGGGGAACCGGCCCUGCCCCUCCCAAGGCUGACAGAAACAGUGCGCAUCAACGCUACCACCAAGACUCCACUGCUGGAGGAGAAGGACAAGCAACUUGAGCCGAAGAAUUGGAACGGGCAGGGAUACACACCUGUGUCAAGUGAUAUGAAGCCUCUACGUCACUGCAAGCAAUGUGCCCUCGUCACAAGCUCCGGGCAUCUUAGUGGUAAAGGAAUGGGGCAAACAAUAGACAAUUCCGAGUGCAUUAUACGUAUGAACGCAGCUCCAACACUGAAUUACACCAAGGAUGUUGGAAGUAGGACUACAUUCCGUGUCAUUGGACACAGAAACUUCCCACGUAUGUUUGAUACGGAGGCUGAGAGAAGACUCUAUUUUGUGAACACGACCACAAAGUCUGAAGCAAUCGUCGUGCUUUGGCUUUACAGUGUGAAUGUGAAUAGGAAUUUGGAACUGAUUUUGUCAAAGAAGUUUGCGCAGAAGUACAAAGAUAUCUCAUUUUAUCUUACGAACCAAGAGGUGAUGAACCGGAAUGUGGAACUGUUUUAUCAGGAAUUGGGAACAUCAAAAACUAAAGGUCGUCUGUGGAUGUCAACAGGAUGGGUAGCGAUGCUGUUUGCACUGGAAGUAUGCGACUCCAUAGAUGUCUAUGGAAUGAUUUAUGAUGAUUAUUGCAAGGAGCACCCUAAUGACCAAACCUACUACCACUACUUUGACAAAGUGCAAACAGAGUGCAAGUACUACGAGAAGAGCGAAAGGCGACUGACGUCUGGCCACAAGUUCAUGACAGAGAAGGUGGCCUUUGGCCGCUGGGCGUCCAAGUACGACAUCCGCUUCCACACACCCUCAUGGGAGAACCACCAGUACAACCCCAACGUACAGAAGGAGACAGUCUUCCAGAAGGUCUAUAUGCAGUACAAAGAGAGGCUGAAUAACAGAUCAAACGAGGUUAAAGUGAAUAGAAAUUCCAUGGUGGGAAAAGCCAAGGACGACCAAAGGACGAACACCCAUGAGGAGGUGAACAAUGUUCCUCAAGACAACAAGGGUUUAAGGACAGGGGGUGAGAAUGGUGCUGCAGGGGAGGGCGUGGCUAUUCCAGAUGACAAAGGUGCUAAUAAAGAUUGUGGUGUUAAAACUGAUAAAAAAGAGGGCGAGGAGGAGGAGGAUUGCGAUAGAGAAGAGGCGGUGCGAGAACUGGAUGCAGAUUUGAUUGAAGAACAUGUUCCUUGAGGAAUUUGGUGCACAAGUAGGUGUCCGUAACUGAUGGCGAUGAUACUGCUUCAGACAUCCUGCUGCAAUAGACACACACAAGGUCUAUGCGAAUGCAGAUGCUGCAGAGCAUCCUUUGGUAUCAAUGCUGCAACAAUCUGGUGCCAUGCUGACCUUGUGAUACUCCUACAUGUGUGUACUGACUGCAACUGUUAGUACAGGACGACACACCAAUGUUCCUUAUACAGCGCAAGGCAUCACAUGCACAGUUAAAAAACAGAGAAUUGAAGAGGAUUGGCAUGGUUACUUCCAACUCAAGGUUCCAUGUAAAGCUAUCUUGAUAUCAGUGAUGGAAUGAGAUAGCGUACAUGUACCUUUAGAUAAUGUAGUGUGCUGCUUUUUUAUAUUCAUUUAUUUAUUUAAUAUUCAUUUAUAAACAUGCAUACAUUUGUAACUGAAACAAACUGAACUAUUGUUGAAGUUCAUUGACCCAUUUGUCGUGCUCAUUAUAUUUUACAAGUUGUGGGAAAUAUUUUGAGGGAGAAAAUUUUAGGAAAGCAUGCGAAAUAUACUGACCGGUGUUUAUUUUGGAAUGGACCACAAAAGUAGAGACAGAUUGUAGUAAAAUGCAUGGCUGGGACAUGUAUGCAGAUCUUGGAUUUUUCUAAAGCUGAAUAAAGAUUUAAAAAAAAAACAAGAUAACAUUGAUUUGUCCAAAAGGGGAGUGGUUUUGAUAAUAAAUCUGCAGGAUUUACUUGGAGAUGUGUAUUCUUUCUGCAACGUGCACUUAUUAGGUGUACAUGAAUACACGCAUGCUUGGUUUAAUAUAGUUUUCAAACACCAGUGAAGACUGUAAAAUGAUUUAGCUCGGGAUAUUUCUUAUGUAGCAUGGGGAGACUUUUAACAACCCAUCCACCUCUCCAGAAAGAAGAAAGCCAGAGAAUCAAAAGCCCCAAUGAGUGCUUAUCACAAUCUCUGUGGUCUUUGUUUCAAGUUAAACACAGGUAAUGACUUGUGUCAAUAUAACUUGGCUCCAUAUUGUAGAGUGUUUGAUAAGAGGCUUUAUGGGACAAUAACUCCCUUCAGGAAUGUUGCUAUGACAUUUAGCUGUGUUUGAUCAACACUUGCUUGCUGUAGAAACACGUUUUCAAAAUCAUGCACUAAUUGUUCGAACUAGGUUGCAUUUUAUUGGUUUUUCAUAGGUCAUAAAAUAAACGUUUCAAGCAAAAAACUGAAAACUGAAAAAGUGAGUUGGCAGCACCAUGGAUAUUAAAAGUCCAUUGAAUGCUACGGAGAUCAUAAUCGUGAUUCUCCUCCGGCUUUCUUGUGGUGUAGACAUGCAUUGCAGUCAAUCAGAAGAUGACCUUUACUGCAUGGUACUGCAUUGCAUGGUGGCUGGGCUUAAAAAGUGGAGGAAAUAGUGUGGUUGAAUGUUCUCGGGAAGUAACACAUAGUUUUGAGCAUGAGUGAAAAAUUCUGGUCCUGCUCGUGAAUGGGGUUUUAGAACAAAAUCUAUUCAAAAGAUUAAACUAUGACCAGAGAAGCUUUGAAACUCCUUAACAUAUUUUUUUUUGCAGUAUAUGAAUGCUCAAAGAAUGCAGAACAUAUUCAGAAUGAUAUUCUGGUACAGUUGAGGGUAUACCAAAAUGGCCAUGCGAUUUUUGUUCAGACUUCUGCCCCACUCAUUCUUAAGUGGGGUUUCAGAACAAAAUAAAUCAAUCUAUUCAAAAGAUUAAACUAUGACCAGAGAAGCUUUGAAACUUCUUAACCAAUAUUUUUUACAGUAUUAGACUUUCCCCUCCAAAAAUGUAGUCUAUGCAAACAUGUACAGUAUUCCUUUUAAUCAUGACUUGCAAGUUGCAUUUUAUCAUUAUG